CUUGUCCAAUAGGAACCCCCCAUGUAGCGGGGCGCGGAGCCCCGCUCUCGCAACUCAAGAUGGCGGACGAGAGUGAGACAGCAGUGAAGCCGCUGGCAUCUCCGCUGCUGCAGAUGAUGGAAGGGAACGGGAACGGCCACGAGCACUGCAGCGAUUGCGAGAAUGAGGAGGACAACAGCUACAACCGGGGUGGUUUGAGUCCAGCCAAUGACACUGGAGCCAAAAAGAAGAAAAAGAAACAAAAAAAGAAGAAAGAAAAAGGCAGUGAGACAGAUUCAACCCAGGAUCAGCCUGUAAAGAUGAACUCUUUGCCAGCAGAGAGGAUCCAGGAAAUACAGAAGGCCAUUGAGCUGUUCUCAGUGGGUCAGGGACCUGCCAAAACCAUGGAGGAGGCUAGCAAGCGAAGCUACCAGUUCUGGGAUACGCAGCCCGUCCCCAAGCUGGGCGAAGUGGUGAACACCCAUGGCCCGGUGGAGCCUGACAAGGACAAUAUCCGCCAGGAGCCCUACACCCUGCCCCAGGGCUUCACCUGGGAUGCCUUGGACCUGGGCGACCGUGGUGUGCUGAAAGAACUAUACACCCUCCUGAAUGAGAACUAUGUGGAAGAUGAUGACAACAUGUUCCGGUUUGAUUAUUCCCCAGAGUUUCUUUUGUGGGCUCUCCGGCCACCCGGCUGGCUCCCCCAGUGGCACUGCGGGGUUCGAGUGGUCUCAAGUCGGAAAUUGGUUGGGUUUAUUAGCGCCAUCCCAGCAAACAUCCAUAUCUAUGACACAGAGAAGAAGAUGGUGGAGAUCAACUUCCUGUGUGUCCACAAGAAGCUGCGUUCCAAGAGGGUGGCUCCAGUCCUGAUCCGUGAGAUUACCAGGCGGGUUCACCUGGAGGGCAUCUUCCAAGCUGUUUACACUGCUGGGGUGGUACUACCAAAGCCCGUUGGCACCUGCAGGUAUUGGCAUCGGUCCCUAAACCCACGGAAGCUGAUUGAAGUGAAGUUCUCCCACCUGAGCAGAAAUAUGACCAUGCAGCGCACCAUGAAGCUCUACCGACUGCCAGAGACUCCCAAGACAGCUGGGCUGCGACCAAUGGAAACAAAGGACAUUCCAGUAGUGCACCAGCUCCUCACCAGGUACUUGAAGCAAUUUCACCUUACGCCCGUCAUGAGCCAGGAGGAGGUGGAGCACUGGUUCUACCCCCAGGAGAAUAUCAUCGACACUUUCGUGGUGGAGAACUCAAACGGAGAGGUGACGGAUUUCCUGAGCUUUUAUACGCUGCCCUCCACCAUCAUGAACCAUCCAACCCACAAGAGUCUCAAAGCUGCUUAUUCUUUCUACAAUGUUCACACCCAGACCCCUCUUCUAGACCUCAUGAGCGACGCCCUUGUCCUCGCCAAAAUGAAAGGGUUUGAUGUGUUCAAUGCACUGGAUCUCAUGGAGAACAAAACCUUCCUGGAGAAGCUCAAGUUUGGCAUAGGGGACGGCAACCUGCAGUAUUACCUUUACAAUUGGAAAUGCCCCAGCAUGGGGGCAGAGAAGGUUGGACUGGUGUUACAAUAACCAGUCACCACUGAGAUUCUGGAUAAAGCCACUGAAAAUUCGAACCAGGAAAUGGAACCCCACCACUGUUGGUCCAAUUUUCACACACGUGAGAAUCCCUGGCAAAGGGAGCAGAACUGAACCGGCUUUACCAAACCGCCAGCGAACUUGACAAUUGUAUUGCGAUGGCGUGGGCUGCGUGACGUCACCUCCGGUCGUGUCUCUGGUCUCCGUGUUUUCCAGUUAAUUACAUCUUCAUGCAGCCGUGAUCAAGGGAAUGUAACUGCUGAAAACUAGCUCGUGAUUGGCAUAUAAUGGAGUUAACGGGUGAAUAAUAAAAGUAUAUAUAUAUAUUAUAUAUAUAUAAAUAUUUUAAAUAUCUUUCAUGUUCCAAAUGUGCAAGGAUGUUUGGUCUUUAAUGAAAAGCUGAAUCCAGAUCAUUCCUCAGAAUGAGGACCCGAGGACAGUGGCAGACAGACGCGUUGGCACAGUCAUGGUUUCCUCCAGAGGAGACAUUGACUUAUCUUGGGGAAAAAGAGGAUCUGGAGAACCGCAUCCAGCUCCCCUUCUGAAUCAGCUGGGAUGACUGGCUUUGAGAAGGAAGGGAAGGUGGAACAGGCUCAGAUCUCACUGGAUGGCACAUGGAGCUCUUGGCUGGGGCUGACGCUGGGCAGGGACUUUCCUGCAGGGCCAGACCUGCCUGCAUUUUGAGACACAGCAAUGGGACGGUCCGCAGCAGCAGACCUCAUUGAUCGAGUCCCUUCUUCCAUCCCCUUGACCUGCUCCCUAUAGGAAGUCAUCCUGCCAACUGAUUCAAAAGGGCUCUUUAGCCAGCUGUUGCCAACCUUAUAGGGAUGAGUCCCCUGUGAGAUUUUGCUUUUCCACUGCCUGGGAUGACUGGCAGUUUGAAGAGGCCCUUGGACCUCCUUGUAGCAUCAGGGACCUUUGGAGACCAUAUCAGUGUAAGCCCUGCUUAGCUCAUCUUAGAGCAAAGAGCCAGCACCCUGAUGUCCCCAGGGUGGCUGGGCAGGAGUGGCAUGGGGCCAAUACCCAGACCCCUUCAGCCACCAGCCCCUGGCCUGUGCCUUCCAACCCAUUAGCCAUUUCUUGUUGUGCCCCUUUCCAAGAUACAGCCUGCAAGUGGCAGCAAGAAGUGGUGAUUAGAGGCAGAUCUGGACUUGGCAACAGAAAUGGUUUCCCAUCACCAUUGUCUGAGUCUGACUUUUGCUGAUGCUGUUUUGUGGAUUUUUAUGGUAGUGAUGGUUGUUGAUGCUGCCAGUUUCCCAAAAAAUAAUCAAGCCUCUGGCCGCAUGUCUGUCGAUGUAGGCAUUCUUGAGUGGUGUUCAGCCACGCGGCCUGGGCAGAAUUGGGCUGUGGAAUUGUCAGGAACCCACUUCCAGGCUUGGAUGUGAUUUUUGCUCUAGAGAGAAGCAAGUGGUGGGGAGGAGGUAGCAUGACGUGUGGCGUGUGGGGCUUCCUUGCUGCCGUCACCUCUCCACUCAUACGGGAAUGAAGCCUUAGCCAGGAGGCCAGGCUGAGCCCUGUGCCACUCACCGAAGCCACACUCUGCAGGCCAGCAGGGGCUUGUUUCAGGUUGUGGGUUUUGGUGUGGUUUGUCAGAGGCUAAUUCUGCAGAGUUGCCAAAACCAGAAGACGUCGUAUGCUUGGGAUGGGGGCCGUGCCACCUGUGGGAAUGCUGCCCGCUCUGCAGAUUGCUGCUAGAGCCAGCAACUUCACUAAGGUGGAUUUUCGUCAGAGGCCUGCAGGGGCCUCCCUUUUCCCAUUGUUCCUGUGCUGCAAACUGUAGGCCCCAGCAAUCGUGACUGACGUUGACUCCUUGACUCCAAGAAACCGAGACCAAAGAAGCUGCUGUUCUUAGCAAGAUGCGCACUGCAUUCCGCAGACGGGAGGAGUCGGAGAGGCAGGGGGCUUGCUUUCAGCCUCACAGACAACAGUUGCACAGCGCCUCAAGUCCCAGAGUGACUCACCCUGUCCAGACCUUUGAGGAUAUCAAAGAAUAAAGUGCCCAAGUCUUUCCUACCUUGGGGGAACCUGGAACUUGGAAAGGCUCCCUGUCCUAGUCUUGGCCUGUUCUGGGCCAGGUCCCAGCUUGAGCUGCCUCUGAGAUUUGGGCUGUGCGGAUCUCUGGAGUGAGCUCUGUUUCGGUUGACCCAGGUCAUGGAAUGGAAACGGUGAGGCCCCAGUGGCUGUUCUGGAAGAAACAGAUCUCCUGGCAAAGGCCCAGGCAUCUCCUUCACUGAAAUCAGGUUCCCUGCUCCUUGGACUCUGCUUUAUCUCACGGUGAGAACCCUGCCCAGGUGUGCAGGGGAUGGCUUGGGGGCUGCUUGCUGCUCAUCUGAUUUUUGUCCCAGUAGUCCCUGUGUUCUUCAUUCAAACCCUUCUGGGACUUCAGGUCAGAGAGCACCAUCCCAGGGGUCAGGGCCUCCCCACAGAAGCCCUGCAGUGUGGUGGCAUCAUGGCUGGCUUGAACCAAGCAAAGGAAGGACCCUGAAGCCUUCACGCUAACCCUCCUUGAGCAGCCGCUGUUGGAAGGCCCCCUGGGCCUGGCCCCCCCCCGCCACCCAGUCCUCCCAGCUGCCAUGUUUCAAAGACGCCUUUACCUCCUGCCUUUGGAUUGACUGCAUUUGACCAUGGACUCCAGUCUGUGUAGGGAGAGCUGAGUAGGAGGCCUCCGCUCCGGAUCGAGGUUUGUACAGGGCUCGUUUCCCCACACAUGCCUGUUUCUGAAGAGGCUCCUGUCUUAUUUGAAGGCCGGCCCACACCCAGCUACUUUAACAUCAGGUUUAUGGAAAACGUCAGGCCUUCCCCACAACUCCCGUGUAACUGGUAUCACUCCCCUACUUGCUGGCUCUCGGAAGCCCAGGGGAGUCCCUGUGCUCCUGAAUUCUUUCCCCAGAGAUGACCAGCAUUUAACCAACCUAAGGGCCCAAAGGCCUUGGAUAGCUGCAUGGAGCUGUGGUCUAGGAGAGGGAGGGGCACCAGAUGCUAGGUCAGGGGAGGGGGCAGGAGUGUCCCUCCCGUCAGUGCCUACCCACCUGUGAGGCAGCCUUCUGACGGCCUGGCCCACAUUCCCCAGAACCAGGGGAGGCCUGAGGCUUCAGUUUUGCUCUGCUGCAAAAUGAAGGCAGGCCCACAAGCCGACUGCACCUAGGGAGGCUGUUGAGGACAAUUUCAUUCCAUUAAAUUAAAAAAUACUGACUGGCUGGCAGGCAGGUGCCACAUCUGGGAACAGGGACCGGGGAGCUUCACCUUUUUGUCUUGGCUUUUCAUUGGGCUGUGGGGGGGGCAUCCAUUCCCAGGGUGGGGGAGGAAAUACCAAAUGCAUUGUUGUUCUGCUCAAUACAUCUCACUUGUUUCUAAUAAAGAAAGCAGCUGAAC